CGAACACAUAUGAGGAUCUGCGCACAGAGGCGGUGUCCUCUGGGGGAAUCCCCUACGUUAAUGGAACUGACAGUCUGCAUGUGAAACAUGUGACCAGGAGAACCAUAACAUUGUCAUACAGGUGGGAUAACAAUGUGAUAACUCGCAAAUUUAUGGCCCCCCAAGUCAGAUAUUCCACAGUGCACAAGAAAAAGGUGAACAGUUUGGAUGUGACGGAUGGAGGACUGGCUGUAUCUUCUGACAUGGAAGGUCACCUGAAAGUCUGGGAGACUAGCUCAGGGGACAUCCGCAGGUUGUUGACUGGUCACAUAGGAGAUGUGUACACCUGUCGUUUCUUCCCCUCUGGGGUAGUGAUUCUGAGCGGAGGGGCUGACAUGCAGCUUAAGAUCUGGUCAGCAGAGACUGGGCAAUGUGCUGCCACCCUUAGGGGGCACAAAGGGGGUAUUCAAGACACAGCCAUUGUUGACCGAGGUCGCAAUAUUGUAUCUUGUUCCCGAGAUGGGACCGCUAAGUUAUGGGACUGUGGACAGUCCACAUGUUUGGUUACAUUUGCUGAGUGUGGAGGAAUACUGAAUGCUUGUGCCCUGGGAGCCACUGCCAGUGGGAUCAACCUGGGGACCUCACCGUCAACCAUCAGUGACCGUGAAGUUUUGACAGGUGGAAAGAUGUUGUUGCUGGCUUGUGAGAACAAAACACUUCAGGCCUAUGGACUACAGAGCAGAGAAAAGAUCUUUGAGCUGGACUGUCACUCUGCUGUCAAUUCCUGCACAUUUAUUUCCCCUGAAUCUGCUGUCUGCGGUACAGAGGAUGGUCAUGUGACUGUCAUCGACCUACGAAACUACAGAGUUCCCUUAAAAGAGUGGAAAGAACAAAGAUCAAGUAUUUUGUCAUUGUUGCCGUUUAAACAAGGGUUCUUUGCAAGCAGCGGUGACGGGUCGUGUUUUCGAGUGACAGAAGAGUUCAAGACAGACCUGGAGUUGACGGGACCAGACUGUGAUCCGGUGUACAAAGUUGUAAACGAUGCUCAGACAAUCUACACUGCUUGUAGAGAUGGACUGAUACGCAAAUAUCGACUCGAUAUGACUUGAUAAUCCUAUCAUUCUCCUUAACUGUUUUUGUUUCGCUUUUUUUUUUAAUCAUCUUUCGUUACCAUGGUUGGAAGAGGAAUGUGAGUGUUAUAGUACAUUGGAUAGAUGUACCCUUUUUAAAAUCUUAAUUGUGGCAUUUAAGAAAAUCACUUGACUAUAGAAAGAGCAAUUUGUGGCAGACUGAUAUCUGAUAUAUUUUCUGAGCCAGAAAUAUGUACAUUAGCUAAGUGGCAGUCUGAGUAGUAUAUAUUUACGGCUUGAAAUAAGGGGCAAGAUCAUCAUUUAAUUGUGAUGAAAUGUAAAAUUUGUACAUGCGAUCUACACCUGCAUUUAUAGAGAUGGGUUUACAUCAACCGGAUGUAAAUCUUAUCUGUCAUUUAUACCUAUUUGUGUUUCACGAAGUUUAAAAUUGUCGUUUGUUACCAUUGCUCGAGAGGAAUGUGAUUGUUGUAAUGUAAUACAUUAACAUUGGAUAGAUUUACCCUUCUCUUAAUCUAUUAUUGCCUCAAUUAAGAAAAUAUCUGGGCCAGAUGGUGAAUUUUGUGGCAGACCAAUUUUUGACAUAUUUUUUCUGAGAGCUUGAACAAAUAUACACUUUAUUCAUGUCAGAAUUAGAAUGUUAUUUCAUUUAUUAUUUGAAAACGUUAUGGAAGGGAAAAGAUCAUUGCUGAUGAAAGUUCAAACAUUAUCAUUUGCCUAUGUACAUCUGAAAAUGUACAUUUAUGAGUUCCGAAAGUGAGAUUGAGGAACGUAGAGGAAAAGCUAAGGUCUGAAAUGGUAUACUGGAGUUGAAGACAUAAAAUGUAGCAGUAAUGUGCAUUAUUUUUGUUUACAACAGUAGAUCCAUGAUGCUAACAGUUCGUAAAUGCAUGGGUUCUUUAGGAAGUUGCCAGUUGUGUGUUCCAUUAUUUUCAUUUAUUAUUAAAGUAUUUG